AUGACGACGAGCAGCAGCGAGGCUCGACAACGACGACUCGACGGCAACGACCUAGCUGCUGCUGCUAACAACAUCACUACUACUACUACCACCUCAGCUAACAGCAUAUGCACUUACGUCAUCGUGGUGAAGUCAGGAUCCAUGCAGGCCGCCGGAACCGACGCUCGCAUCUCCGUGAAAUUCCAAGCCCCGGUCGGCCGAGGCGCGCUGGACAUCCCGGACCUCGAGUUCUGGACCCGCAACAACGCCGACCCCUUCGAGAGGGGCAGCGUGGACAUCUUUUACGGCGGCAACGCGACGUGCUUCGACGCGUGCAGGAUGCGGCUCGAGUCCGACGGCACCGGCCCUUACCCCGGCUGGUACGUCGAGUCCGUCUUCAUCCAGGCGAUUGCGGAUUCCUGGAUGGAUGAAUACAGUAACCUGCUCGAGGUGAAUCAGUGGCUGGCCGUCGAUGAACCACCGUACCAGCUCUUUGCUGAACGGGAUGUCUGCAACCCCACCCGGACUGGCACCGGCUCCGGCGCCGGCGCGGCAGUAAUGCAAUGGACGGCCGGCCGGCGUUAG